AUGACCCAGCCGUCUUUCGUCGAUUCAUUAGCUCAGGCAGAUAAAGAAUGGAGAGAAAGAAAGAAUCGCGAUUUUAAACAUUCGUCACCUCCACCACUCCUCACUCGUAGACGGACUUACUCGUUAAAUGACAAAUACGAUAGAUUGGCAGGACCAGAUUCGAGGAGUAAAGGUAUAAAGAUAUGGCACGAAAUCUCAGCUGAAAAAGAAAAAGAAAAGGAAAAAAAGGAAAGAAUUUGA